ACCCGCUCGCUGCUAGCUUAGUUUAACUUGUUCCGAGUGUCUCCCUGAAGCCACUUUGGCUCCUUUUUAUGAGCUAAUUUGCUGGUAAGAUGUCGGGAAAAGGUUGGACCGUCGCUUCUCCUCCACUUCCCAGCAGAAAUGCGAACUAAGACGCCGGAAGGAGUCCAGGAUGUGGAGAAGUUUGUCUUUUCUCGCUUUGCUUUGGGGCGUGAGUGAAACUUCCGGCUCCUCUGUGAUCACAGCGGAGCUGAGAGAACCGCAGAGAGAGCUGAGAAAGUUCUGGAGAAGCACCGGGUUCUGCCCUCCUCUUCCUCACUCCCAGGCCGACCAGUUUGACCUGAGCACCGACCAGCAGCUGAAUUUGGCCUACGUGGGCUCGGUUCCUCAUGGAGGGAUCCAGCAGGUCAGGAUCCACUGGAUGCUGGAGCUGAUCUCCACACAAGAUGUUGGGGGCAAACCUCAGUAUAACUUCACCAAACUGGAUCAGCUGAUCAACCUCCUGUCAGUUAAUGGACUUCAUCCAGGUUUCGAACUGAUGGGCAGCGUCUCCAACUCCUUCACAGACCUGGAGGAUAAAGCCCAGGUGGUGGAAUGGAGGAAUCUGGUUUACCUUCUGGCCAAGCGGUACAUCGAGCGUUAUGGUCUGGAGACGGUUUCCCAGUGGAACUUUGAGACGUGGAACGAACCGAACAACCACGACUUUGAUAACGUCUCCAUGUCUGUCCAAGGGUUUCUAAAUUACUACGACGCCUGCUCGGAGGGGCUGCGCGCCGCCAGCCCGCUGCUGAGGUUCGGAGGUCCUGGAGACUCCUGCCACUCCCCGCCGCGCUCCCCGUACUGCUGGGCCAUGCUGCAGCACUGCUACAACGGCACCAACUACUUCACCGGAGAGACGGGCGUCCGGCUGGACUACAUCGCUCUGCACAAGAAGGUGGGCUUCUCUCCCCUCAGCCAGCGCAUCCAGGAGAUCCAGACGGUGAAGGAGAUCCAGCAGCGCUUUCCCGGCUUCCGCGGCGUCCCGGUUUACAACGACGAGGCGGACCCCCUGGUGGGCUGGUCCAGGCCUGAGGAGUGGCGGGCCGACGUUACCUACGCCGCCAUGGUGGUGAAGGUCAUCAAGCAGCACCAGGACCUUCUGGCCGACCCCAACAGCACCGUCAACUACACCCUUCUGAGCAACGACAACGCCUUCCUGAGUUACCACCCCCACCCGUUCACUCAGCGCACGCUGACCGCCCGCUUCCAGGUCAACAACACGCAGCCGCCUCACGUCCAGCUGCUCCGGAAGCCCGUCCUCUCCGUCAUGGGCCUGCUGGCUCUGCUGGGAGAAGCUCAGGUUCCGGCUCGUGUUUCAAACCCAGAACCCGAGCAGAACGGGACGCUGGGCGUCCUCGCCAGCAUCCACACACCAGUGGUCCGCGGCGGCUCCGACAGCUGGCAGGCGGCGGUGCUGGUCUACAACAGCGACGACAACAGCACCUCUGGGCCCGCUGAUGAUGUCACCGUGGUUCUGAGAGGACUGGCCCAGCAGGAGGGUCUGGUGUACGUCACCUACUACAUGGAUAACGGCGUGAGCAGCCCGUACCGGCGCUGGCAGAGCAUGGGCCGGCCAGACUUCCCCACGCCCCAGCAGUUCAGGCUCCUCAGGAGGCUGGAGGACCCCCGCUCCGACGGACCCCGCAGAGUUCCCUCUGGAGACACCCUGACCCUGAGAGCCCAGCUGUCUCUUCCUUCAGUCCUGCUGGUCCACGUCUGUGCCCGCCCUGACGCGGCGCCGGAUCAGGUCAGCGGUUUGCGCUUCAUCAGGAUCACUGUGGGGCAGGUCUUAAUCGUCUGGUCGGAUCGCUGCGUCGGCUCAAAAUGCAUCAAGACCUUUGAAGUGGAGCGAUCUGCGGACCAGAAGGUCUUCAGACGCAUCAACUCUCAGGACACCAUUUUCACCUCUUAUGUCUUCUCACCAGUGGACCAGCAGGUCGGCGGCCUGUACCGGGUCCGGGCCGUGGACUACUGGGGAAGGCCGGGGCCGUACUCUCUGCCAGAGAGGUUCUCAGGAGAGCAGUAGGUGGAGGAGGGAAGGUUUCUGCUGCGUCUGCAGAUCCAGAGCUGAUCAGUCGGCUGGUUUCCCCGUCAUCCUGAAGACGCCAUCGUUCUGUUUGCGUCUGCAGCGAUCGGACGGACUGACAGCAGAACCCGGCUGGGUCUGGUCUCAUGUUUCAAAACCAACUUUUAGACAUA